GAAAGAAGCCACGACUGAGAACGAGGGAACAGCGACAAGUGAACCAGCCAGAGGACUGAGAGUACCAACUGAAGAGAAACCUCUGACUCAGAGUUUCCAUUGAUUCAGUCAGGAGAAGGUCUGAGCCUCACCAGCAGGUGGGGCUGUCCUGCAGAGCGACCAAAGUGUGAACAAGACGACGACAAUCAACAAUCGUCAGUCAGAAUCAGAAUGGACAAAGUAUGGAACGUAUUGAAGAGGAUUUUACCAGGCGGAUCAUCGAGGGAAGAUGAUCGGGACACGGGAUGCAAGGUACCAAAGCAGGGACAGAUUGAGAGCGGUGUCCCAAUGGAAUCCGGUCCGGCCGCAGAGAAGGAGGAGAAAAUUCAGCCCAGAGACAGUGACGUCAGAGACACUGAUCCGGACCCUGGAACCGGCACAAGUGAGGCGACUGCCUGUCAGCCCAGAGACAGUGACGUCAGAGACACCGAUCAGGACCCUGGAACCGGCACAAAUGAGGCGACUGCCUGUCAGCUCGGAAGCUCAUUGAACACAGGACUGCCAAGUCCCAAAGAAGGAUCGGAGCCAGAGUUUACAAUCUCCGACCUCCUGGCAGAGGGGGAGGAAUAUCGACUGUACCAACUGACAAAGUUCUACAGGGACAGACUCAAACAAGCAAUUGAAGAAAAGGUUGAGAGACUGGGUUGGAUGUUGACAAAGGAGGGACAUUUCAGUAGAGAAGAAAAUGAGAAAGUCACUGAACUGACAGAGAAGGGAAACCGGGCAGAGAGUUCCAGACUCUUCCUCAGUCUGGUGAAUGGCAAAGGCUCCCGGGCCCGGAGGGCGAUGUGGGAAUCCUUUCUGAUGUGGAGGACUGAGUUACCGAAGUUGGACAGAAUACUGAGGGAAAUACAGGAACUCGGUCCUGAUCCACAAGAAUACUUCAACAUCAGCCAAGGUUUAUCUGAAUUACCCACUCAGCUGAUAGAUGUUCAACAGAAACACAAGGAGACUCUGCGGGCACAAACUGAAACACUGAGAGUGAACACGAUCCUGAUGACGGAGAAGGUGAAGGUUUUCCAGCUGGCUGAUCGAUACGCUGAGCUCACGGUCAUUUCUACUGUUCGAGAUCGGACACUGGUGGAACAUGAACUGCUGGCAAGAGGCAGAGACCAUGAGCAUUAUAGAGAGAAACAACUCCGCAGUCAGCUGGAAAAAGUCCGUACUGAUCAGUUAUUCCAGAGCAGCUUUUCCCGGAGUAAAUCCAAAUCUGGGAGUUCAGCAGCAGUGGCCGGAGUCCCGGGGAUCGGGAAAACAACAAUGGUACAAAAGAUUGUUUAUGACUGGGCCAUGGGGAAAAUAUACCAACAGUUCCAGUUUGUCUUCAGUUUCAAAUUCCGAGAUUUAAACAGUAUUGACUGUCGAAUAAACCUGAAGGAACUGAUUGUGGAUCAGUAUUCUUACUUUGGGAAUUUCCUGAGAGAGGUGUGGAAGAAUCCAGAAGGAUUACUGUUUAUAUUCGAUGGUUUGGAUGAAUUCAAACACAAAAUCGAUUUUGCGGACAGUCGGAGAGAUACAGAACCCAAGCACCAGUGCCCAGAUCCCGAGUGGAGGUGUGAAGUGUCGGACAUUGUGUACAGUUUAAUCCAGGGCAAGCUGCUCCCAGGGUGUUCAGUGCUGGUGACCACCCGCCCCACUGCGUUACAUUUAUUGGAAAAGGCGGAUAUCAGUGUCCGGGCUGAAAUCCUGGGAUUUGUUGAUGAGGAACGGAAGGAAUAUUUCAUCAGACAUUUUGAAGAUCAGAUGGUGGCGGAAGCUGUUUUCAAUUAUGUGAAGGAGAACGAGAUCCUGUACACCAUGACCUACAACCCCUCCUACUGCUGGAUCCUCGCUCUGACACUGGGCCCCUUCUUCACACAAAGAGUCAGGGACCCACAGCGAGUUCCCAAGACCAUCACCCAACUGUACUCCUACUAUAUUUACAACAUCCUGAAAAACCACAGCCGUGAGAUUGAGAGACCCCGUGAUGUGUUACUCAGGGUUGGUCAGAUGGCAUUCAGAGGAGUGUCCGAGAAGAAGAUUGUGUUUACAGAUAGAGAUUUGGUCAACUACAGUCUGCAGCCUUCCCAGUUCCUGUCCGGGUUCCUGAUGGAGCUUUUGGAGAGAGAGGAUUCUGCCCAAAGCGUGGUGUACACAUUCCCACACCUCACCAUCCAAGAGUUUGUAGCUGCAGUCGCACAAUUCCUGAAUCCACAUCCCGGGGAUAUCCUGAAAUUCCUCACUAAAGUCCACAACACGGCAGAUGGGCGAUUUGAGGUAUUUCUCCGUUUUGUUGCUGGUCUCUCCUCUCCAAUGACAGCUCGGGGCCUGGUGGAGUUUCUGGGUCCAUUUCCUCAUGAAACAACCUGCCGGGUGAUUGACUGGGUGAAGGAGGAGGUUAAACGUCAGAUUGGAAACACAGGGAGUGAAGCUGGUAAAAGGAGCCUCCUGAACACAUUGCACUACCUGUUUGAGUCUCAGAAUCGUGGACUGGCUCAGGAAACACUGGGAUCUGUGGAAACACUUUCAUUCAGUAGAUUGACACUGACCCCGAUUGACUGCGCGGUCCUGUCUCAUGUCAUCGGAUUCUGUGAUACAAUAAAACACCUCGACCUGGGGAACUGCCACAUUCAGUGUGAGGGAAUCCAGCGGCUGGGACCCGGGCUGCACAAGUGCCAGGCGUUGAGGUAACUUGAUUUAUCUCUCACUCGGAACUGUGAAACUGUUCUAUUGUGUCAUUUCAAUGUAAAGAGAUUUGGGUUAAACUGUGAUAAAUCAGAUUGUGAAGAAUUGUGACAAAUGCCCAGGGGAUCGGUCAGCAAUUCCCCAAGGACAGGAGGGUUCUGUGGUUCCUUGUGAAGGGAUGUUGGAGACUUCAUCAGAUCAGUGAACAACGGCCAUUGGUUUAAUGGUAGUAAAUCACAGGAAUGGCCGUGUUUCCUGCUGCCUGUGACACGUCCAUUGACAAUGUUCCUUCUCACUGUUAC